CUACUCUACAAUUACCAUGGGCAAGACUGGAAAAGAAAGAAAACGUCGUCGAUUGCUUCAAACAAAGCCCGACCAUGUCUUGACCGACCACGAAGAUGAGAAUCGAGUUCUUGAAUACGGCGGUAUCAUCUCCGCCGAAGAUAUGAAUACCACCUUGCGAUGCCUGACUACGCUCAAAGAUCACCCUGACCUUGUUCGAUCCAAGGAAUUUAAAGCACUUCGAGCCGUUGUCCAUUUAGUUCAUGAUUCUGCUUUUGCUGUUACCGGAAAGGGCGCUACCCUUAGCGGUCGUAUAUCCGAUGCUCUAACAGACGGACGAUGGGCUGAUGCCUUGGCUGCUUUAGCUGAAAUGAGAUCAAAGGGUCAAGUGCCGAAACUGGGAGCCUUGCAACGCUGGGUGCGUGAUUGCGACGCCGCUUCGCUCCGAGAUGGAUCGCACGGCGACCCUCAGAUAUUCAGAGUGCUCGACAGCAUUCUUCGUACCGCAGAUCCCAACCUCAUACCUAGUCACGACAGCGACCAUCAUCCAGUUCGACAAAUUGGUUCCUGGUCUGCCUUCCCUCGUGCCAGCCCUCUGCAAAUGGUUUACGAUGCCAUCAAGGCAGGAAACUUAUUCACUGAAGAACAAGCUGAGCAGUAUCGCAAGUCUUUCCGUGUAGUAUGCCAUGAAAAAGGCUCUGAGCGGCGAACACCCAAUGAAUACGACUUCAUGUUGUAUGCAUCUGUACCUGGUACAAUCAAAACAUCUGAACCAAAUAUGCACCCAACUGUUGAACGUAUCGACGUACCGAAUGUACCUGGAGCGUUUAUGAUUACCAAUGUUUUGAGUUCAAGCGAAUGUGAUCAAGUCUUGUCUGCAGCUGAAGCUAUAGGCUUCACUCCAGAUGUCCCUGCCGUUGGAGCAGCUGUCGACUCUGUCUCAGUAUUGGCACACAACUUUUUCUGGCUGGUCGAUGACGACUUCCUUGGUACUAUCUUCAAACGAUGCGAACCUCACUUUCCUAAGGAGAUCAGUGGCGGUGCUGUCGUUGGUGUGAAUUCCCGCUGGCGGGUAUACCGAUAUGUCCCUGGUGCUAUAUACCGUCCGCACAUUGAUGGCGCUUGGCCAGGAAGCGGGCUUGACCCAGUGGAUGGAACCUACAAAUACGACAUGUAUAACAACACAAGAUGGUCUCGACUCACGUUCUUGCUUUAUCUAAACGAAGAGUUUGAAGGUGGUCCAACCACGUUUUUCUUGCCAGCUGCUCAGGAAGGUAUUUUGGAGGCUCGUGCUGUGUCGCCUCGCAGAGGAUGUGUGUUAUGCUUCCCACAUGGAAAUACCGCUGGAAGUUUGCUUCAUGAAGGCAGCCCAGUUCUGAAUGGCGCAAAAUAUGUCGCUAGAACAGAUGUAUUGUAUAUGUGUACGCCGCCAAAGGAAUAGAAAUAAAACAGAGUUUUGCAUGCAAUGGGGUUUUUAUUACCUGCAAGUAUUAAUGCAAUGAAAAAAU